UUCAACUUACCGCACGUGUAACAUACCCUAUUUUAUUUAUAUUACAAGUGCGUGUAAAGUGGCCUAUUACGCGCGUAAAACGUGCAUACCUAGAUGUUUUAUUAUCACCAUCAAUAAAAGUGUAAUAUCAUUGAAGAUAAACUUUUUCCAACAGAUUAUUUGUGGGUGGAAGGAGAUAUCUGUGAGAUGUCAAUGCUGCUCAUAAAUCCUUUACCAUUUGAAUUGCACGUGUCUAACAUGAGACUUUUGACAAACGGUGUAGUAUUUGAAUCGAUACCAGAAAGUAUUAGCCUGCCUGCUGAGUCUGGUCCGAUUGCGGUUACGUUAGCAGGCAGACCCAAGGAAGUUGGUGAUUUAGAAAUACUCGGAUUCAGCACGCAUACAUUAGGAGUUAAAUCUAACUGUAGAUUGAGAUACAUGGAGGGUAUGUUACAUCCUCAAUAUACGGUCGAAGUCAUUCCAGUCUUACCAAGAAUUGAUGUCGCAACUAGUUUGCCUCAAACUGCUAGUUUCAGUUCCGGCGACAAUAUAAUUACCAGCGCGAGUAUAUCUGUCUAUGGCGGUGAGAGCCCCGAGUGUACCGUGACGAUAACGAACGCCGGUCAAGUUCCUAUUGAAAUGGUCGAUUUAUCAGUACAGUCCACUCUUGAUGCUGUAACUGAGAGUAAAAUUUUCAAAUGGAGCGAUGAGAAUCUAAUAACGCAAUUGCCUUCACAACCUGGCAGCAGUGCGAGUCUUACUUUAUAUCUGUACGCAGCGACGGAUUUUAUAGCGCCUUUGAUUAGAAAUUAUGUCACUGUCUUAGUCAACCAAGUAGUUUAAUAUCACAUUCAGCCCACAGUUCUUUACCAUCUAGGCUUAGUUCUCCGUCUAAUACGAAAAGACAAUCCGAGCUGACCUCUUCCUUCAGAUCGGGAAUAAGUUCGCACUCGGCCACUCUUCUGUAGCAAGCACGCGUUUGUCGAAACUUGCGGUACCUUUGCAGAUGUCUAAUAUUAUCGAAGGUCAAUUGAGAAUAAAAUAUUCAGGAGGUGGAGGCUUGGUAACUGGAUACUGCAGAAUUUCAUCUGUUUUUUAUAACCAUUGAGAUGCUACCCAGUGUGCAGAUUACUAAUUGGGAUGUGUUGCCGGCUGAAACACCAUUGCAAUUUUAUCUCGUACUGGACGUGACAAACAUGACAAAUCACGAAAAGGAAUUGCACUAUACGCAAAAUAAAUGUAUAUACAUGGA